AUAAUGGUAGGAACAAAUCUUACUAACAUAGUGGAAUUCAUUCUCCUUGGAUUUUCUGACCUUCCUAAUUUUGAAGGUUUUUUGUUUGGCAUUUUCUUAAUGAUCUACAUGAGUAUCCUGAUAGGAAAUGGUCUCAUCAUUUUAGUAACCAAAGUUUCUCGAUCUCUCCAUACUCCCAUGUAUUUUUUCCUUGGGAACUUUUCUUUCUUGGAAAUCUGUUACACAUCAGUCACUCUCCCAACUAUGUUGACAAAUCUUUGGACCCAUGACAGAAGUAUUUCUUUUUUGGCCUGUGCUAUACAACUUUGUUUCCUCCUUAUUCUUGGAGGGGCUGAGUGCUUACUUCUGGCUGUGAUGGCUUAUGACCGUUAUGUUGCUAUCUGUAAACCGCUCUACUACCCUUUCAUCAUGAAUCAUCAGGUUUGUGUCCAGCUUGUCAUUGGUUCCUGGACCACUGGAAUCCCAGUAAUGAUUGGGCAGACAUAUCAGGUUUUCUCUCUGCCUUUCUGUGAUUCUAGUAAACUUAAUCAUGUUUUCUGUGACAUCCCUCCAUUACUAAAGUUAGCUUGUUCAGAUACCUCUGUGAUAGAGCUUUCUGUCUAUGUUGUUGCAGCAUUGUUUGUCAUGAUACCUUUUAUAUUGAUAAUCAGGUCUUAUGUUAAAAUCAUUACUACCAUCUGGAAGCUGCCAUCAAAUAUGGGAAAAUAUAAAGCAUUCUCAACUUGCUCUUCUCACAUUAUAGUUGUCAUUUUCUUCUUUGGAUCUGCAACCAUUACAUAUUCAAGACCCAAGUCAGACAGCUCAGGAGAAACUGACAAAAUACUCUCUCUUUUCUACACCAUUGUAACACCAAUGUUUAAUCCCAUUAUAUACAGCCUGAGGAAUAAAGAUGUCAUUGAUUCACUGAAACACUUAUUACAAGUAAAAUGGUAA